AUGAUUGAUUCCUACUUUACUGCAGCAAGAUCUAAAGGUGUAAAACGAAAGCAAGAUGUGGAAGAAAGCAAGUGUAAUCAGAAUCACAAAGUUGCCUUAAUGGAUGGGACAUGUGAUGUGGCUAGUGGCUCAAAUCAAACUUCUGUAAAUUCAAAAUUGUCUUUUCUUCAAAUGAAUAGAAAAGAGAGUCUUCACUGGAAAAGGAUAGCAGCUGAAAACCUAAACCUUGAUUACAUUCAGCUCUUCUCUAAAUCCGAGGCUGAUGCCCUCUUCCAAGAAGCAGAAAAAGUGAUAAAGUACAAUGCUAACAGCAAGGUGUUUGUUUAUGGGAAGUGGCACAAGAUUCCGAGAAAGCAAACUGCUUAUGGAGAUGCAGGUCUAAAUUAUACAUUUUCUGGCACAACAGUUCCUGCGCAACCAUGGAACAAUGCGCCUUUCCUUAAAGAUAUCAGUGAUUUAAUAUCCUCUUUAACAAAUCAUAAGUUUAACUUUGUCCUUGUGAACAGAUAUAAUGACGGCAGUGACCACAUGGGCGAACACAGGGAUGACGAGGUUGAUUUGGUGUCCAAAAGUGCCAUAGCAUCCGUCUCUUUAGGUCAGCAUAGGGACUUUGUAUUUCGACAUAAGGACGCCAGAGGAAAAGAUGCUAAAAGAAAGAUUGAUCCUGUUAAGCUUGAACUAUCACACGGAAGUCUGCUAAUGAUGAAUCACCCAACUAAUGUGUAUUGGUUCCAUUCUCUCCCUGUGCGGAAGAAAGCAAUGUGUCCAAGGAUAAAUUUGACUUUUAGGGAAAUGGUUGUUAAACACAAAGCUAGUGCCUAG